AUGCCAUUGCAAGGAGGAGUUUUCCUUGGAUUAAUUUUGGUGUCAGUGUGGACAGUUGAAGGCAAGUAAAAUUAUGAUUUGUUUGUAUUGUCCACUCGUAUGUUUUUUCUCUUUGUUCUGUAGCAGUAAGGUAGCUUGUAGUCUAGAACAAAAUAGGUCAUCAAAACUGACGUGUUUGUAUGGGCAAUCACAUGAUUUUGAGUGCAGUUGAUAAUAGAUGUGCCCGAAUUAAUUUUUGGUUGACAAGCAAAGUGUUGGUAUAAAUUGACAUGUUCUACGCCAAUCGAAAUGCAGAAAUUGUUGUUAUACAUUACAUUUAACAACAUUACUCCAAGUGCGCUUGUAGCAUGUAGACCAGCCGCUACCAUAAUCCGUCUGGGAAAUCUAUCAAACAUAAACCAUAUUUCAUUUUCAUCAGGUCUUUACCUAUUACCAACUCUUUUUAUUGUCUCUUUCAAAAAGUUGUCAGAUAUUCUAGGACGGGUUACUCAGUCCAUUCAAAUAAUUCCAAUUACUAAACAGCGAGUCUUUCCCUACUAGCCUACCUUUCAUAACCUUGCUGUAAACCAAACAAGCUUAUUAAUUAAUCCCUGGACGACCGCUUUGGCCCGUUUUCGUUCCAUAUGGAACGAUGCAUAUUUUCCUUCCUGGACCCAUUUAGCUUUCAGUUUAAGUUAAUAAAUUGGUAAGCAAUAACGUCAGCAAAGAUAGAUCUUUCCAGCCACACCUCGUUUUGGAUAUUCUGACUAAUUUUAACAGAGUUACACUCACAAAAAUGUAACAUUUUGGGGAAAAAUCCACUGCCAAUUUUGUUUACCUACUACUCUUUGAAGAUUAAAUUUGUCCCUUUUCUAAAAAGUUGGCUAGCCACAAUUCCAUGCUAAGGAAAGAGGAUAAAGUGGGCCACAAAACUGCUAAUAAAGAAGAAAGGCAAAGGAAAAAGAGAGCGAGAGAGAAAGAUUGAAAUAGAUUCGGAAAAAAAAUUCAACUUUUGGCUAGUGGGCAUGCGUGAAAAAAAAAAAGCUGUCUAUUUACGUCCGAGUAGUCGGAAAAUAUGCUUUUUUUGUUGCAUUCUUAUGCUAAAUAGCCGAAAACCAGUCCAAAGAAGAGGAACUGGUGAGAAAUAAUGCUGUUUUUCGCUACUCGUCGUCCGUCACCAAAUGGUAAAGCACAAUCAGUCAAAACUUCCUUAAUCAUUUAAAUCAUAGUAAAUUAAUUUCCCUUAUCCUGAAAACACAACGUCAACAAAUAAUAUGCCUUCAAAUAUAACUAUGAGGGGAGAGUGGAUAUUUUGUUCUCAGCGGUUGCGUUUGAUUGGCUCUUUGUGAGUCUCUAUGUUUGCCAACCAAAUAAAAUGCAUUGAUUACUCGUCCCUUUCUUUACUGAAUUCCGUUGUCUUUCUGCGUUGUUUUUUUCUCAUUACCCAUGGCGUUACUUUUUAUAGAGCCGACACUCAGACAAACAAAAUGAAAUUAGCUUUAACGAAUUCCUCUUUGUUUGUCUUUUGUCAUAAAAAUAUAAAUGUCUUUCCGACUCAUUAAAAUAAGAAAAGUGACAAAAGUCAAACAAACGUUGCGAAUUAGUCAUUCUGAAGUCAUUUUUGCGAUGUGCUUAUCGUGAAUGAUAGUAGUUAAUAUAGCUCACGAUUACAGAAUCAAAAUACCUAAGGACACGAUCGAUCAUGAGAUGACUUUGCAGGUCAUCAUUAGCCGAUAUAAUAGCGAACAAAAAUCAAUUCUCUUCUGAUGCUACGGAACCGAAGAGAAUUUUCAUUUGUAACAAGAUUUUUAGCGUCACAAGUUAGCCUGUCAAAAGAGUAAAAUUUGUGAGAUUUUUAACAUUGAUUUUCGCACAUUUAUUUGCAGUUGUUCACACUUUACCGUGUUUGUUUUCUGUCAAUGGCUCCAGUGGGUUCAUCAGCUCCAGUGGCACCAAGAACUACAACGAAUGUACAUGGAUCAUUACGGCACCAUCUAACCACACCGUCAAACUGAAAUUUAUGAUAUUUAGCCUAUCUAAUGAUCCCCGAGAGAACCAAACAAGGAUCCAGGUGCAUGACGGAAAAAGGAAAAAUGAUACCAUACUGGGAAUUUUUUCAGGGGCAAGACGGCCCUUCAUCAUACAAACAAGUGGUCGAUUCAUGAUGGUGGCUUUACAAAAAGACUCUGUCUCCACCCCUUGUAACUUUAAAGGAACUUAUUAUACAAGUCAAAAAAAAGGUUAGCGAUAGUAAGUUUUAAUAACAAAGCAUAAGAAUGUUAAUUAGCUCCUCAUAACAUACUCUUGGAGGCGCAACUGUCAAAAGCAGAAACAGUCUCAAAAGCUGUAGUAAUAAUUUUUCAAAUCCCCAAGUAAAUUAAUAAAGUUAUAUGUAAAGUGUUCUUCUGAUUGUGCCAAGUCUGACAAAGGUCAGUACUUCACGAACAGGAAAGCCUAGAAAAAACUGAGAGAAAUAUUUUAUAGACUAGUCAUCAAAAAAAUGCAUAAAUAAAUAAAUAAAUAAAUAGGUAAAAAGAUUAUCACUCUAACUAAACAUUUAAAAAAUAAUGACAUGGUGACCAAGUUAUCUUUUAAGUUUGAAACUAGUCCUUUUAUACAUUGUCUUAUACUUUUCGGUUAGUUUAAUUUAAAGCAAGUGACAAAGAUGUUAUGCAUGAGACUUGUUAUUUAUUGACAUAAGGAAUGUAAUGUAAUUAUAUGGACGUGCAAAGAACCGCGGUAAGUAAUCUGGAGUCAAAAAUGAUACUCACUGUGGAAUGUGGUGGACUGGGGAAUGAAGAGAACGCGGGAAUGGCGAGGGCUGCAUAGUAACGUAGACCCUACAAAUCAUGAAGUUUUAUUUAUAUAUUUAUUUUUUCUAGAGACAAAAAUUAUAAUAAUAAAGUAAAACACUUAAGAUGUUACUCCCUCUUAAUCAGUGACACUUAAAUCCUCCCUUUAACGGUCUCGUUAAAUUUGUAUAAGCAAAAGAAAAAUUUAAAACGCGAGAGUUUUAGUGGAAAUUUAGUAUACCAAGGGAGCUUUUGCUUUCAGGUUGAAGUGUCAAGUAUUACUAUAGGCUUCUUUAAUAUCAGCUUUUGUUUUUCAGCAAUAAGAAACUGUAAUCAAAAUAACAAAAAUAUAUCAUUCGAUUCAACGACACUUAUUACCUUACUUCGAGGUGCUUAAACAGCUCAUACAUCAAACAUUGACUGCAGUGUAAACGCCGUCAUGUCAACAAACCCAUGGACUGAAGUGCUCCACUAUUCUCAAAAACCUCCUGGGAAGUUAUGGGACUAGAAUUUUAUGGCAGACUAAAAUCCCUAUUGGCAGUUCAGGAAAACUGACGGCUCAUCAGUUUAUAAUUCAAACGCUUAGUUUUAUGCCAACUAUUUGAUAACGCGAUUCAAAUCAAGUAAUUGACAUCAUAAAGACGGCUUCUCUGUAUUUUCACUGUUCUUCCUAUUGACUAUCAGUUGUUUGAUUCCUGUGUGAAGUGGGACGUUUUAUUAAAAUAUGAGAUAUGUCAUAUAUAGUAUCGCUUAGCGUGGUGCUCUACAGGAGAGUAUAAAGUUAUCUACAAUUUGUGGAGUAUUAUUUAAGUAGGUUUAAGCAACUCAAAUUUUAUUUGCAGCGUGAUAUGACAUGAGAUCGGGACAGCUUAGAAACUUGCUUAAUGUUCAUUUUCAGAGAAGCCGAGGAUAAGGCUACCGUUACCAGUAGUAAGAUCUGUACCAGGACAUUAUAUCUGGUUUCUACUGGAAGGUACUCCACCGAUUAACUCGACAUUAGUGAAUACAUCAACACCUUUGAAGGGUGUUUACAUAAUAAAAGGGAUCGAGCUAAAUCGGACGGGCAACUACACUCUACUAGCAGAAAAUGAAGAAGGAACUGACUCAAAAACGGUUGAAGUAACCUUUCUGGGUAAGGAUUCAAUGCUGUUAAAUUUCAUUCAAUGUAGAUGAGGCAUUUUGCAAUAAACAACUAUUAAUAGUAGUGCGCACAAACAGUUGUGUUGACUUCCGUCCUUAUCUUAUCCAUUGAUGAUUCAGUUCAUUCGGUGAAAAAUGAAUGUAAAGAGUUUUAGACGACUUGCUUUUGCAUGUUUCACCAUUGUUUUGAACACGGGUAAAUUGUAUGAAUUAAAGUUUGUAAACAAUGAGGAUUUACCAAACACUGGAAAUUUGGAUUUCACCCUCAGGCCUGUAGCCAGAAUUUCUUACGGGGAGGUGCGAUCCAACGAGGAGACGGACCAAACGUUGCCACGGGCGCAAGUCUCUGGGAUGGGGAGAAUUAGGUUGCCUGAGACCUCAUUUGGAGCAUUUUGAAAAACUGGGUAUUUCUCACACUUUUAAUCUUCAAAAGUAAUUUUUUCAAAUAGAGUACUUUAUUUUACAAUUUUUUAUAGUGACGGGAUGUCGCUAUUUAAAGAGAAAAAAAAAUAGAAAGAAAGUUGUAAGUCCGUACUAUUCGCGAGGUUUGACGCAUGAUGUUUUAAUCAUGAUCUUUUAAUAGUGUACCAAGCUCAAAAUUUCUUGGGUGUCUGUUAGAAACAGAUCAAUCAAAGACGUCUUUCAGAUCAAUGUAUGUUACAUAGUGGAUGCGUUUAUUAGUCAGUGGAGAGAGCCUUUGUUGUGCCGCGAAUACUAAUUUUUGGCCACAGAAAACAGCUGAUAUUUUAAACUAUCCUCAAAGACAAAGGGCUACACAAAAAAGGAACAAUUCAUACGCUAAAGAAAAAAAGGAUCCAAGAUUUACCCCUUGUAAUUGGCAGGAGCCCAUCAGUGGCUCCUGUAAGUAGCUUGCGUAGGAAGCGUUUCCGUGCGAUUUCGGAGCAAAGAACGAGGAGCGAGAGUCAAAGACCGCGCAUAAAAUGGAGGGAGUAAAAGAGCGGGGAGGUGGUGGUCAACAGAAAAUAAGUGGACCUCUGGGCCCUGUGGGGACGGGGGUUGGGAGCGCAUCCGUCGCAUCCCCCCUCUCUAUGGGCCUGACCCUUAAUCAAUGAGUAAAAAUGAAAAUUCGUUAUUGUCUAUUAAUACUGUAUUAAUGCAUAUAUCGGAAUGUACCGCUUUCUUGAAAACUUCCCUCUACCAAUUGUCUUAUUCUUGCGUCCAUUCAUUUUGCAGAUUGCAAUCAUUUGUGUCACAGUACAGGUUCGAUAACAAGUUCUGGCAAAGUUACUAACGAACACAACUGUCAUAAAAGCCACAUAACACAUAAUUGGAAUUGCAUUCCAACUACAACCACUAAAUUGUAAGUGUAUUUCCUUUUUCACCUAAGAUUAAUUAGCCUAAUGUUUUCUUAUUUUCAGUAUGGACUCUUGUGUUUUAAAAUUUUUGUUUUGUUUGUUUGUUUGUUUGUUUUUUUAAUUUCAGUUAUUUUUAAAAUUGUCAUGGUUUUAUCCCGGUUUCACACACAAACUACAAAAUGCUACAAAAACCCGACCCUGAAAGUAAGAGAAUCUUUUGGCAACCACUAUGUACUUGUUUUAUUUUAACGUGACAGACAGCUUUCUAGUUUUAAGCGCUUUUGAGGCUGAAGAUCAACCUUGGACUUUCAAAUAAGCACGCAUGCAAUACAAAACUUGCCCUUUCAUUUACAAUGUGGAAAAGAUUUUCGGCUGCACGCAUUUACCUUUUCAAACGUUAUCUAUAGCAUGACCUGCUGCACGCUAUGGAACAAGAUACACACGGGCGAAUGUUGGGCGACAGAUGUCAAAGAAAUGACACGGGUGCAUGAAAACCAGAACGCGCGUAAAAUUCACUUUUCCCUAGCUAAUGUCAAUAAUAGCGCAAGUUUUAAAAGAAAAAUGGCUUAAAAAUCACGGUUUCUGCUCAUUCAAAAACAAAGAAAAGAAACUUGUGAAUGAAGCUCCCAACGAUUCCACCCGGGUUAGCGGGCAAGAUCGUAAAAAAUCACCCGCUCUUGGAACCAAUCAGAUUGCAGGAUUUAAAGGAUUCCGCCCGCUCGCAAGCGUAGAAAAAAUUAAAUUAUUUCUUCUAUUUAAUCUCCUAAUAACUAGAAUUUGUAAGAUAGCCAGAAAAGAAAACAUGUACAGGGUGUUUCAGAAGUUCGUUCCGAUUUUUUCUUCGCUCAAAUUUCACUAAUUAUUAAACAUACCUUUCGUACAACUUAGUAUGUUAUUCAUUAUUCAUUUAACAUUGAAUAACCGAAAUAUCGCUAACCAGAAUGUCUUUCUUUAUGUUUUCUGACAUUUUCUAAGUGGUGACGUAUAGAAUGUACGAGCUCCCAAAAUGUGUCUACAGGCACACGUUUCCAGGGGAAGCGUAGUCACUGCCUUAGCUCGUCCAGUGAUUUGGAGGCUGGUUCUUUGUAUGUUUUCUCGUCAAUGAUAAUCCAGAUUGUCUCCAGAGGGUUCACAUCAUGUGAGUUUGCUAGCCGGUCUCCCUUGCUAUAAAGUUUCCAAAUCCUUCUGACACCAUGUCUGCAUGUUCGCCGCCUUUUUCUCUUCAAGGCUUUCCAACCCUUGCUUUUCAUAUAUAUUCAUACCGUUGUGCUCGAAACUUUGAUAUUGUGAAAUUGAAGUUUUUUGCUACCUCUCUGCCUUGCAAACUUAUUACGCAUAUACUUACAUCUUUUUCGAUAACAUUUCUCUCACAUUUUAAAAAAGACGGCUAUACACUCCUUGGUUUGCCUUCUAAAGUCUUUUACUUUGGAUCACUGGUGCACUUAUAUCAUUUAGACUUCAGUCAACAGUUUAACAAUUUCUUUGACUGAAUGGCCAGAGAACCAAAAAAAUAGAUGCCUUAGCUUUAGCGCAAACAGUGUAGGCCUUCAUUUUCGUGACAGAGUGGAGAAAAUUGAAGAAAACGGAAAAAAACGAAAAUAGAAAACCUACAAAAUGGGCAGGCAAAAUAUGGCGGGAAAAAACUCGCGUACGUUCACAUUUGGGGCAAAACUUCAAAAACAUUAUAAUUUCUUCAAAUUUUAGUUUGAAAUUGCUUUUUACGGUUAUUUAGAUAAACUUCUUACAUGAAUCAGUUUACGUUUGCCUAAAGAAGCAUUGAAUGCUUUGCGGCAAAAUACAAUUUACAAUCGGAACGAACUUUCGAAACACCCUGUAGAAUUGUUUUAUUUUGCUAGUUCGAUAAUUUAUUUGUGUGAUAUCUAUAUGGUUUUCCCGCUGGCAAGCGGAUGCCCAUUUAGAUCUUCGCUGAUAUACUAAGAGAGUAAAAGGUUUUUGCAUGGAUUUAGCGUCAAGCAAGAUCGAGAAGCCCCCGCCAGGAAUAUUCACAGGUUUUUCUUUUAUGGAAAAGUUGUAAGAUUAAAAAAUGUGUUUCGUUUGUUUUAUUAGCGGGGCUAAUAAUCAUGGAAUAUGGUCAACGCGACGUGAUUUAUUUGAAAGCUGUCCGCUGACCAGUUAAUUAUUUUACUAGAUCGUGAACAAUGUUCAGUCUUAUAUGUUCCAGCUAGUUUGGGAGCACAGGAAAACUGAUCAUGCACGCGUAUUGGACAUCAAUGUUUUGAUCAAUUGACAGCUGUCAAAACAGGGUACCCGCUGACCAGUAUCACUUGACCGUAUCGCGGGCUCAGGUGUCGACCCAUCGAAGUCGAGUAUUUUUUGAAGUUAUCCGCUGACAAGUUACUAGUUUUCAAGUGAUCGCAGGCUCGAGUGUAUUUUUUAAAUUCAUAUGAAAUAUGUUGUGUUUAUGUGCCGCACAAUUAAAAUUUUGAUUUCAAACUGACCUCGGACGUGAAAAUUCAGCCAGCUGUUACCGGCAGGAAAGAAAGUUGCUUUUGACUUUUCUCACCAUGGUCACGCGGUUGUCACGCUCUACGUUCAAUUUUUAUGCUCUGAUUGGUCAAAAUUUGGCAGGUGAGUUCAUGCGGAAAAUUUAUGCAGCAUCUUGAAUCUUGUUUACUUUAACAGCUGAAGCUGACAGAGUUUUGUGUCAACUUAAAAGCUCAUGUGAUGUUUUAACUGUCUUUUUCCACUGGAUGUACAAUAUGAAAUUCAGCUGCUAUCAGAAGUCUUCUGUUAUUCAUGACUAGUUUGUUUAUUGGGUUUUUGGUUGAGAAAUACGUCGCCUGUCAAAGUCGGAAAUCCGAUUUCGGAUGGCAUCGUUUUCGUUUUCACCUUACUUGAUCCGUUAGAGGGUUGCAAAGUCUGAAGCGAUACUGGCCUCACUUGACACUUCUCAGGAGCUGCAUCUCGAAUGGUAAGGCAGAGUAAUUAUUGUAUUUGAUGUUUGUUUUUCUAUAUCUAAUUUAAUGAAGCCGAGUGUAGCUUAUGAGGGUAUUUAGUUUAUGCACGUUUGUAAGAUUUGAGACAAUGAUCUGACCGAGUAUCAGGUUUCUUCAGAAUGGAGUGGACAGAUCUCCACGACUUGAAUCUUUGUGAAGAGGUUUUAGUGGCUGAACCUUGGAAACAUCCUUACCGUAGUAAGGAAAGAGGAGAUUUAUGGAACGACAUAGCUGCCAAUUUAAAUGCCUCUGGUGGGUCAUCUUAAGUUUAAGGUAUCGGAGAGAAGUCUCAGAGACAGGCUGACGUUACUUCAACAAAAGUACAAAGCGAAAAUGAGAAUGGAAGAAGCUGCCUGUGGGAUAGACUGUGAGAAAACAAAGCUAGACAAAGCGUCAGAAGAAAUCAUAGAAAAAGAGAAGGCGGCCACGGAUGCGAGAAGCUUGCAAGAGGAUAACAAAUAAGCUGAAAAAGCAGUAGCGGAGGAGCACCGCAACCGAGCGGUUGAGCGUUUGGGAGAAACCAAGAAAAGGAAUGUUGGGAAACAAGACGAACAAACCCAGACGGUGAAGAAAGGAAGAAGAUCGACGUCGGAAGUGGUGCAAUUCGGAAAGAAAAGUCAGAAAGAGAGAGUGUGCUGAGAAAGGAGGAUUUGGAGUUGAGACGAAAGGAGCUGAUUCAAAAGCAGGAUAUGAUGAAAAUGCUAGCACACUAAAUAUAACAGACAGUGCACUCAGAGAAAAUGAAAAUAAAACAUCGCAAUCACUGUACACGAAUUGGUUCACUGGGCAAAUGCCAAACGAAAUCAAAAGGUCUUUAGAGGCUGUUUGAAACCUUGAACGCUCCGGAUACUCCUGAUUGCUGAAGGGAGAGUGUUUGACAGUGAGGAGCCAACACAUGCGAAGGCCCUGUCCCCAAGGGUCUUGAACUUUGUUUCGGGACCUUUAAUUCGCAGCUUAUAUUAGAUGUUAAAUUGUAGGAACCACUCUCCUUGAAAAUUGCAAGCUUCUUUAGGUAGACAGGGGCAACACCAAAGAGGUGGACGGGUAGUCUGCUACACAGCCGUUUUUAGUGUCGCCACGCAACGCUCCUCGCCACAAACGGCUGCUGAGAAUCGAACCACAUUCCUUUCCCUUUGUGUUUGUGGUCUAACGAAAAAACCAAUCAUGUAUGAUAAUCUUGAGAAUACGUGAGCUGCAGGGCGCUAGGAAGCGAACAAGCUUCUCAAUUUUCGACAAAUUAAUCUAUUGUUCCUGAAUUUGGACGAGCUUUGUGUCCGCAAGCAACGAAAAAGUUAAUUGCACGAAAGUGUGUUUCAAUCGGUUAACAAAUUAAGGUUACAAGUGAAAAUUAGUGGUUUGAUAGGCCUACUAGGCUAGCUGAUCCCACGGUUUUCCGUUUAAGCAUUCCUUGACUGCACAGAGUUCUUCAUCGAUUGCUGAGGCUUCUUCCACUUCUCGCGUAGUCAUAGGAAAGGGGGUCACAUUUAUGGCUACAAAUCUGACAUAUUCUUCGGCUUCAGUUGAGUGACUGCUGCUGGUUAUUAGAUUUGCCACUAACCUUACGAGGGGGUCAGCCAUGUUGCUCGGCCCGGGCUCAUAUUUGACCUUGAAUUUGAAUGGCUGCAUUCGUAACACCCAUCUUUCAAUGCGUGCGCAGGGUUUUGACCUUGGGCCGUAAAUAACUUCCAGCGGCAUGUGAUCUGUAACAAGAUCAAAUGGCACACCAUACACAUGGGGAUGGAACUUUUUGCAGGCCCAUACGAGUACCAGCGCCUCUUUCUCUGUCUGCGAAUAUCUUCUCUCGGCGUCUGCCAGACUACGACUUGCAUAGCAGAUGACUCUCGGUCCAUUAUUCUGCUUUUGGGUCAGUACCGCUCCCAGUCCAACUGGGCUGGCAUCGGCAAUUGCUUCAGUUGGGGCAUCUUUGUCGAAGUACCCCAAAGUCUCAGCACAGGCCAACCACUCUUUUAGCUCCUGGAAGGCCUUCUUCUGUUCACCUCCAAACACGAAAGGGGUUCCUGACUUUGCCAGGCGACGUAAGGGCUCAGAUACCGUUGCCAGGUCGGGUAUGAAGCGGCCACAGUAGUUUACAAGCCCAAGAAAACUUCGAGUUUCUGAUACCAUUCAAGGUUCUCGUGCCUCUUUCACGACUUUCACCUUUUCUUCUGUGCGGCUGAUUCCUUUCCCGGACAAUACCAUGCCAAAGAAUGUGAGCUUAUGCAUGCAAAACUGACACUUUUCUUCUCUGUCCCCUUCAUCCUCUCUUGGUGAAAACCGCAAUUUCGAGUACAAAGACGAUAAAGCAACAACGCGAAUACUUAAUUUUUAUACGAAAACUAUUGAAAAUAAACAUUUCAUUCAUUACCUCAAACGAUUUCCGCAGACUUUGUCCGUUUUUUUUAUAAUGCCAACAUCUAAAGACAAGUAUCAGUGUUUUCUUAUUCUUGUCCAAAGUUUCAGUGCUUGUACAUUUCAAGAAUCUAUACGUUGAUUGUUUCCAAUACAAACUUUCAUCAGUUUUGUCAUACAUGUUCCUUUUAAAUGGCCCAGACAAGAAGCCAAAACAAAACAGCAGCAAAACAAAACGAUAUCACAGCAACAAGAAGCCAAGAGUGUUCGCCGACGAACCGCCGUCAACCAAGGAAUUUUCUUUUGGCGCGUUGUGACAGGGACGUUGCUCUGAUUGGCUAGAUUGCAUUGCCUAUUGUAUUUUCUGGCAUUCCUCUAGGUAAGUUGUCGGAAGUUCCAUAUAGAUAAUAUUAUUCGCGAAAUCGUUACACUUGUUUCUUUAUUGUCACUUAACAAAAGCUUCAGGGAUUUGCUGACAACCAAGUUGUCACGAACAUUUUUGAGAGCCCUUGUGUGGAGUGUUAGUUCGCAAAUUGUCCUAGUUUUGUGCGCGUCAUUGGGCGAUGACACUUACAACAGCUUCUUCCGACAGCAAGUUGUGUAUAACUAGUGGGAGAAAAGGAGUUUGGAUAUCCAGUAGUCUAAUAUGUUGAAAAUUAAGCCUCUUUGGUGUCGAGUAAUUGUCGAAUUAGGUCGAGGUGGGUCGAGGUAAGUCGUUGCUAUGCAAAAGGGUAAAGUCUAUGACGUCACCCAUUGUUAUAACCUGAGGAAAAACUGUGUUCCUCCAUACUAAUGAGGCUCUUCCUCCAUAUAUAAUGAAGUGAAUAGGUUUACUAAUGAGCGUCUCUCUAAUACAAUAGGCGCAAUAGGCUUGCCUAGACUUGCCCGGUGUCUUUUAACCCUGAUUGGCUCAUGGAGAAUCUAUUAGGUCUACAAAAUAAAAGCGCGGCUUCCGUUCAAUAUUUUAUUCUUAAAAGUUCAGUUUGCUCUGAAAAAGGUCGAAUCGAGCGCUACACCUCUGUUGCCGAUUGACGAAGUGGAAAAAGUCAAGCGUCAAAAGAUAGCCAGUUUUAUCGGUUAUGUAUUCCAACUGACUAAUACAGCUUUGAUUGACAAACUCAUUCAACAAGAAAAGCUGCAUCACUGCUAUGGGCUGAAAACUCUUUAUUUCAAUUUUUUCUGACUAUUGCAAAACCGUUUUCUUCUUUUCUAUCUCAAGGAAAUGAAAAACUAUUAAAGUCGUGUCAUUUUCACGCACCGUUAGUCAGUUAAUUAUGCGAGUUCACAAGACCAAAGUUGAAUACAAAUUAGUUCAUCUCCAUAGGAAAAACCCAAGGGAGCAUCUUGACGUAUUAUUUAAAUAACUUAACAAGGAUCAAUUGAAACUCUCGACUAAUAAUAAUUGCUAGCAAUUGAACCAGGCAAGAGAUACGGUUUUAAAAACUUUCUUAAAAAACAAUUACAAAAAGAGUCAAAUACACAGCGAUUUGAAAGGAAAAGGAAUGAAAAUUAAUCCUUUGACUGACUAUUACAAAUCCGCUUUUUCCAUUCAAUCUCGAGGAACAAUGAAUAAUCUUUCCGUGUCUACACAAUUUUCGUAUGGUUUCUAAGGCAAGGGUUCGAUUUUCUUUGUUUCUUGCGCUUUGUCUUGUUCUUUGUAGUCGGUCUUUUAGCUUUUGCUUUAAAAGAGGCUUCAUUUCUCCGUGAUCUUGACAGUUCGUACGUGUCUGUACUGGAUUGCGAUAGUGAUUUUUUUCCGGAAUUAUCCGCUUCACUUUCGUAAACGACGACUAUAACUUUAGGUUGCAGUUUCGCCUCUUGUAAAUACUGUCUUUGCUCUAUGUGGUCUAACUGAUGAACAUCCGCGAGAUGGUUAGCUUAUCUGACAAGGUAAUUCGCCCCACACGAUGAAAUCGGGCAGUUUGUGCAACUCUCUUGUAAAUCAUGUUGACAGUUCGAUGACUGAACACAAAUGACAUCUUUUUCGCAAAUAGUCAGGUUAUAUAGAGUGUCAGAAAGGCCAAACACAAGCCAGAAAGGCCAUAACCAGGCCAUUUUUAGUCCUGUGUCUUUGUUUUGUUUUUUUCUCAACGCAAUAGCUCUCAAUAUUGGAAUCAUCAUCAUCUUUUUUAAGUGUAAUCACAAAUUACAGUGCCUAAUUAAAGAGUUUAGAUGGUGAAUUAGUAAUUGGUAUUUCAAAUUUCAGAUUUGUUAUUUAUUGUACCAGUUUAAAGCCAAACUGGCCCUUCAGAGACCAGAUAGCAAGCGAAGACAGAAUAUUCACCAAUAGCCCACCGAGUUAUCAUUCCUACGACUCUGCAGACAUUUAUAUUUUCGCCAAACUCCACAGACCACACAAAGUAACGAGGAGAAUCAAGCUAAGAGCCAGCACCUCUACUGGAGACGGCUUGUACAAUGACAUAGAAGUUACCACAAAAGCAUGCAGUAGCUGUGAGGAACUCCAGUACAGUAAACAAAAGGAACUUCUAAUCCCCACAGAGAUAUCCCCAGGGCAUGGCAUACCAUUGAAGCUGAUCUUUUCACUCUCGAUACAACUCUUCGCCCAUAUGCCCUAACGACCAGAACUGGUAGCGAGAGCUGAGACGCAUCAGGGCCCACAUACAAGAGACCCAUCAGUGCUGUGACCGAUCUAGUCGGCAAAUAAUGGAAGAUUACAACGGAUUCAACCUUGGACGAUGGCUUUAUUUCGCCUACACGACUCGUGGUUUCUAAUCCUAUAGUCAGGCGUUCCAAUGCCUUACCGAGAGGGAGUCUGGGUCCUAAUUCACAACAUCCCUCCCCAUUUAGAUAGAAACAAUAACAUUAAGCAGAAGUAGAACCAAAAUAAUAAUUGGUCCAAUAAACAUAAACAUGGACUAGCAACAAUGUCAACAAUGUCUCUGAGGAUUCAGUGUCUCUAAAGUUGAAGUACAAUAGUCUUUGAGAUAACUUGGGGCCACUCUGCGUCUCUGGGACCUGCUAAGUGGAACUUAAGGCUCAACAACAUUUGGUUCUGGUAUCACUACACUCUGCUGCGGGGUCAGUUUAUUCUGCUUGUGGGGCUGUCCGGUCACCACCACUUCCGGUAUACUUGGUGCAUCAACAUGUGUAUCACCAUUCUCUAGCAGUUUCUUUACAUGAGAUGUAUUGCGGGAGUAUUGGGCUCCUCCUGGAGAUUGCACUAUCAAGCUGUUCCCAUGCUUGUUUACCACAGUGUACGGCCUUGGUUCAAAAUGGGUUGUGAGCUUGUUUAUCCUUUCUUGUUGCACUAGCACUUGAUCUGCAGGAAGUACCUCUGAGUACCUCGCAUUCCUUUGCAUGUCAGCGUAUAUACGCUUUGCUCUUACUCUUCUGUUCAUUGUCCCUAUCACGCACUUCUUGUUCGACAUGUACAUCGCUCAGCGCAGGAAGCUUGGUGCGUAUUUUCCGUCCGAAGAGCGACUCGGCAGGGCUUACACCAGUCGUUGAGUGAGGUAAGCUUCUGUACGCUGCAAGAUAAACAUUCAGCUCUUUCUUCGAGUUCUUCUUUUCAGCAUGUGCGAGUUGGAGCCUUUUUAGAAGCAAGCUAUUUUGGAGCUCAACUUCUCCAUUUGCCUGGGGCCAUUUUGCUGUUACCCUGUGGUGUCUGAUUCCCUGCUGCUCCAUGUACUCUGCAAACUCUGUUGCUACGAACUGUGGUCCAUUGUCAGAUGUCAAACUCUCAGGUAGACCGUGUCUUGCAAAUAUCUCCUCCAGACUCGUGAUGACUUUAGAGGCAACUGUGGAUCUCAUGAUGUCUAUCUCGUAAUAGCGACUAUAGUAGUCAACGACGACCAGAAUGGACUCACCAGUGGGGAGUGGUCCGAGCAAAUCAAUUGCCAAAUCUCUCCAUGGUCCAGUCGAGAAUGCUGUGCUCCUGAUAGGCUCUUAUGGGCUGGGACGGCUGACUAACUGUUAUCCAUAGCAGGUUUUGCAGUGUUUUUCAGCAUCCUUUUCCAUUCCGCGGCACCACACUUUACUGCGCAAUUUCUGUUCAGUUCCAACGAUACCCAGAUGACCUUCGUGAGCGAGAGACAACACCCUGGGUCUGAGUUUCUUCGGGAUAACGAUUCUUGUCCCUCUUAGUCUCAAUUGUCCGAUUCUGCACAGUUCACUACUACAUGGGAGGUAUUUCUUGUAAGCUAGCUGAUCCCACGGUUUUCCGUUUAAGCAUUCCUUGACUGCACAGAGUUCUUCAUCGCUUGCUGAGGCUUCUUCCACUUCUCGUGUAGUCAUAGGAAAGGGGGUCGCAUUUAUGGCUACAAAUUUGGCAUAUUCUUCGGCUUCAGCUGAGUGACUGCUGCUCGUUAUUAAAUUGGCCACUAGCCUUACGAGGGGGUCAGCAAUGUUGCUCGGCCCGGGCUCAUAUUUGACCUUGAAUUUGAAUGGCUGCAUUCGUAACACCCAUCUUUCAAUGCGUGCGCAGGGUUUUGAACUUGGGCCGUAAAUAACUUCCAGCGGCAUGUGAUCUGUAACAAGAUCAAAUGGCACACCAUACACAUAGGGAAGGAACUUCUCACAGGCCCAUACGAGUGCCAGCGCCUCUUUCUCUGUCUGCGAAUAUCUUCUCUCGGUGUCUGUCAGACUACGACUUGCAUAGCAGAUGACUCUCGGUCCAUUAUUCUGCUUUUGGGUCAGUACCGCUCCCAGUCCAACUGGGCUGGCAUCGGCAAUUACUUCAGUUGGGGCAUCUUUGUCGAAGUACCCCAAAGUCUCAGCACAGGCCAACCACUCUUUUAGCUCCUGGAAGGCUUUCUUCUGUUCACCUCCGAACACGAAAGGGGUUCCUGACUUUGCCAGGCGACGUAAGGGCUCAGAUACCGUUGCCAGGUCGGGUAUGAAGCGGCCACAGUAGUUUACAAGCCCAAGAAAACUUCGGGUUUCUGAUACCGUUCGAGGUUCUCGUGCCUCUUUCACGGCUUUCACCUUUUCUUCUGUGCAGCUGAUUCCUUUCCCGGACAAUACCAUGCCAAAGAAUGUGAGCUUAUCCAUGCUAAACUGGCACUUUUCUGCAUUGAGGGUCAGUCCAUGUUCCUUUAAUCUCACGAUGACUUUUUCCAACCGCAAAUGGUGGUCUUUCUGGUCUUAACUAUUUACGAUGAUGUCAUCUGAAAUGUUCUCUUGCUCUUCUAUACCCGCAAGUGUCGUCUGAAUCUCGUGGGGUCGAUGUGGAGCUGUACUGCUCGGUCUUGCAACUUUCCAACGCCGCUGAAAACAUUUGGGUACUUCUGUUGCAGGAUCCCACCAAUGGUCUUUGGGUCUGCACUUACUGCAGCGAUGCCAAUCCCUAUUUUUAGUACGCCUAGACUAGUUGCAGUGUCCUUCCCCAGAUGGGGGUCUCCUUCACCAUUGAUCGCACAAAACUUGGCACUGGCAGUGUUGCUUCCUGCAGAGACUUCACAGGAGAAUGUUCCUAUCACAUCAAGUGGUGUCUGGGAUGCGUAGGCAUAGAGUUUCCUACUCGAGCGAGCUGAUUCACACUUCACUUUUAUUUUUCUUCAACCACUCCCAUGUUUCCUUGUCAAUGAUGUUAGUGCUUGCUCCAGAAUCUAUGAUCAUGUUCAGCUUACAACCUCCAACGGUUACUUCAAUUUUCUCCUCAUUGCUGCCUCCUACCGUAAAAGAAUACACUGGUUCCUCUUCUUCGUUGUGGCAACCAACCAUAUUUGCAGCACCUCCCUUAGGGUUCCUGCGGCCUUUGGUUUGUUUUUCCUUUUCUUCACCUUUCUGCUUUGUCCUGCACUGCUCUUGGAAAUGUCCUUCGAGCCCACAUCGAUGACAGAAUUGACCUCUUGCUGGACAGUUAGAAUCUCGACCGAAAUGUCCGGUUCGACCACAUCGGUAACAAGUUUUCUCACGGCCGGUUUUGGUACCUCAUGAUUGAUUUCUGUUGCCAUGGCGUCUCUUUUUUCCCUCUAUGCGGUUUACACUAGCUGAAUUCUCUCCCUUUUCCUCUAUGCUCAUCGCAGCAAGCUGUGCGUCGCUUUUUGCGCAGUUCUCGGCGAGUUCAAGCGUUCUAGCUAAAGUGAGGCCUUGACAUUCUUCCAGGAGUUUUCGUUUUAUGUACGUGCUGGUGCGCUUGAAGAGGACUUCAUCACGAAUUUGGUUAUCUGUGUCUUCGCCAUAGUCACAAUCUUUCGAUGCUUGUCUGAGUCUGGUUGCAAAAUGUCGGAUUGUUUCCCCUGGUGCUUGAAUUAGCUUUCUGAAAGAGUGUCUAGCAUACUUAGUGUCGACUUUGGGAGCAAGGUAUGCGUUCAGGGCAUCGACCGCUUUCCUGUAAUCUUUCACAUCUCCCGUGUUCGGCAGGGUAAGGAAAAUAUCUUCAACAUCGGGUCCUGCGAGAUGGAGCAUUAGUGCACGUCUCCUCUGCCUGUUGCUCGCGUUGUCUUCAUUUAGAAUUAAGCCUUUGCCGUCUGCAAAUAGUUCGAAUGCUGUCAGCCACCGCUUCCAUCGCAAGCCAAGCGUGUUUUGGUCCCUAUGACAGUCGAAUGUUUUGAUAUGGUUUCGUUCAUUAUCGUCUAUGUUUCCCGCGAACGUUUCGUCUCGCUGACUCUGGUCUUGUUUUACCCUCAUCGACAAUGUUGUGACCUAUCUAGUCGGCAAAUAAUGGAAGAUUACAACGGAUUCAACCUUGGACGAUGGCUUUAUUUCGCCUACACGACUCGUGGUUUCUAAUCCUAUAGUCAGGCGUUCCAAUGCCUUACCGACAGGGAGUCUGGGUCCUAACACACAACAAUCAGGACAACAAAGUAGUGGAACCCAACCGGAAUGAGCAGUUGUUGUCUCAAAGCUCCCCUAGUUUAAUUUCACCCUCCAGUUCAAACUAUUUGAGGAAUGAAUCCUCAUCAUCGCCAAAAUGAGAAGUUAAGAAGGUAAAAGGUUGAAAAUACUUGAAAAUAGCUAUUUGGUACAAAAGAAUGGAUAUCAAAAAUUUUGCCAAAAAAGUGCCUUAAAACGUCCUUGUAACAAAAACAAAAUGUUCGCGAUUUAAAUUGAUUUUCAAGAAUAUAUGUUUUGUAAAGUUCCUUUCAUUUGUCAUGUUUAUAACAUUGUGGUCCAGACAGUACCAUAGAUAAGUCGCACUCGCAUGGAAUCUUCGAAAACUAGCGUUUGACCGACAUUACGGUACAACGAAAAGAUUAUUGAAAGAUUGAGUGCUAUAGUUAUGAUAAUUUUUUUUACUUGAGUUAUAUAAUUUGUUGAAUAAUCUAGACAUUCUUUGUUUAGAGUUUUGAACAUCAUGCACAGUGUAGUGUUUUCUCUCGUAUUAUACGGUCACUCCGUAGCCACUGUAGUUUCUGGAACAUUUGUACUGAAUUAUCCAAUAACCUAACUUCUAACAUUAAUCUUUUGUGGCGUUUUUGUACUAUAAGUAUUCUCAACAGGUGGUCGUUAGGGGCCUAAACCUUAACCGAUCAACAGUAUUCAAAGAUAAACUUCACGAGUGCAUCGAAUAGCAAUUUUUCGCAGUGGAGAUUGAGGUAGCCCUUGGCUCUUUUAGGUAACUAAAUUAUGGAUUUCAGCUUCCCAGUUAAGAAUUCAAUGUAGCUGUGUUGAUCUUAAUCCUCGGACGUACAAGUGGUUGAGGGUAGGGGGGUGGCUGCCACCCUCCCCUCUGAGUUUUCUUUUUAAAUUUUUCUUAGACGAUAAAACAUCAGAACAUGAAGUUUUCAGUAGCUGUUCUUUCAUCCCUCGUGCACAUUUUGAGACAAGUUUAGUGAUGGUCAUUUACUAUGGCUACGAGAUAUGACAUCAUAAGUAACAGGUGUUCAAGCCAUUUUUUGAGUGAAAAUGCAAAGUGAUUAUUUAUGUAUUAUUUUACAUGUCAAGCACAAAAAAAAUAGUAUUUAUUGCGGUUUUAACCUGAUUUCUACUUUUGAUUUAAAAUUUUAAAUCUUUAUUACAAAACCUCAAUUAAAAUCCUAUUUACAAUCAACCUGCUGUUACAAAAAAUCUAAUCAAUUCAUCAAAACACUAUCUACAAUUCCUUCAUUAGAGAACAAAAACAAUCCUAUAUAUAAUAAGUGAAGAAAGAGAAAACUAUUCAUUUACAAAUUCUAAAAAAUAGAAGUAACUUAACCUUACAUAAAAGAAGAGGAAAUAGAUAUAAUCAAUAAUAAAAGUUCAAAAUUCUAUAAAAUUAAGAAUUCCAUUAUGCAGAGAUAUCAAGAUCAUACAAUCGAAUUAUACUAAUGACGGCUAAACCAGUGUCCAUAAAAAGCCCUAAGUAUAAAAGCAUAUAGACACGUAUUUCAGAUAUCCGCACUAGCGACAUUUAUUUUACAGUCUAAUGAUUGCUCCAUCUUGCUACGAAACGGCGUUCGCGAACCUCUGACGCAUGCAUGUACCGAUCUUAAGAGUUCAAACGAGAUCUGUGUCCUGAGCCAAGUGAUUACAACAUGAUAAGGCUCGGUGUCUUUCUGAGCUAUCUUGUCUGCGAGAUGCUUUAAGAACCGCUGACACUCGUUUCCCAUUCCACCAUUGGUUCCAAACACUAAAGGCGUAAACGAACCCAUUUCUACAUCUAAACCCGCUGCUGGUACUUGCGCUUCUUCUCUUCUUCUUGCUCCUUGAACACUUCCGAUGUUGGCUUGCUCUGGUAACACUUGGAGUUGACGUGCGUAACUCUAACAUCAAAAAAUGCCGUAACUCCUCUUGCCCAGAAACCUCCCGCUUUGAUGUCUAAUUUUGCCUCAGAACUUGUAACAGCGCUCCUCAAAUGAAAUCGCUCGUUGUCCAGGGGCUGGAGGCGUGGUUCGAUUUCGACAUUAUUGCAGAUCUUGUCGAUGAAUGUCAUUAACAAGUUCCGUACACCGUCAUGUCUCUGCGCUACAAACCCCCCCUUUUUACAAGAGAGGGCGUGACUAACGGUGAAUUUAUCCCCACAUAUGCAAUGACUUGGUAAAUCGACUAAGGGCAAGUCAUAACGCAAGCGUAGCGAGUCUCUGAAUUCUUGCUUGUUGAGGGCUAAAUCUUUGUCUGCGAGAGGCAUCGCAUUCAGCCAAGAACUUGCGCCCUUGUCUCUCGAUUGAUUAACCAGACGUAGCAGGCCUAGGGAGAGGCUUGAAUCAAUGCUAUCCAUUUUCACUUUGGCACUUGCUCUCUUAAGUGAUUGUUGAUGCCUCUUUAGCUCCUCCGUAGAUCUUUCUCCUGACACCAUGAUGGAACUCUGUGAAGUAAUAGAAUCUACGUGCGCGGUGGUUAUUAGUCUCGAGGCAGCAAACUGCUGCGGUGCCUCGGAUUUCAGAUCAGGAAUGCCUAGACCCCCUUGACCUGUUGCUAGGGUAGCAAGUCUGCGCACCUCGUUAGGGAGAGGCUCUGAUUGACCGAAAAUAGUUGGGAGUAGUAAAUCUUCAAUCAUUUCCUGGAUUGGAUCGACAUAAACUUCAAACGAUUCAAUCGUGAGCAUGAGGUAGGUGAACUUCGACUUGUAGCCUUUUGUGAAAGCAAUAUACGCCGCAUGGGGCUGGCUCUUCGCUAUUUCAGAGAGACGUUCGAUUUCGAUUUCAAGAUGGCGACAAUUUUUGGUGAGGUCACAGGCCUCCAGCAGCACCAUCCUUGAUUUAUUUUGUCGUACAAGUCGAGCUCAAAUGCAGGACAGCUGGCGAAGGGGAAUUUGAUAACACUGAGCAACCUUGUUAGGGAAAGUUCCUUUUGCUUUCCGGUAUAGUACUUCCACGACUUUAGGUCUUUCUCAAGCCCAAAGUCUUUUCGUGCAGGCCAUAAUAAGCAAGUAAUAGGUUAGGCUGAGUAUGGUAAUAACAGUGAUAACAAUAAUGAUAAUUUAUUAUAGUUUAUAGUUUAUAUAUCGCACAAAAAAUACUUUAGAUGUUACAUUGAAAAUAUAAGAAUCAAGUGCAAAAUGCCGCUGUAUCCAAGUAAAGAAAAAUAAUAAUAAUAAAAUUCUGAAAUCUCUUUUAAAACAUUUAUACAAGUAAUUUAAGUUAAAAAAUUCUAAGGUCUAAUAUCUAUACAGCUAGGCUGUACUUAAAAACUUAUCUCUUUAAAGAGCUAUUUUUGAAACGCUCAGUAUUUACACUAGGUGUUUUAAUGGAUCUAUUCUGUCUAAGUCGCUCUAAUAAGACCUUAUAUCUGAAAAGAAGAUUACUUGAUGGAUGGUCGCGAUUAUAAGAAUUAUAAGAUAGCGUUUAAUACAUUGAAAAAAAUACAAUCAAAUCGAUUUCUCCAAACUUGAGUCACCUUAACAGCACUUUUUCCGCCUCUCCAGUUUUUGACGAAGUGUUAACAAACCACAAUGUACAAGAAACUGUUCAUGUUCUUAAAUCAAAUGAUCCUUGACUUGUCCGCGUGUGAAUUGUUUCUUUUAUUUAGUAUCUGGAAAAACGAAAGCGCCUUACCUAUGGCACCUGCGCCUGCCAACUCAACAAACACCCUCUAAACAAUCGCAACAAAGGCCGCGAGAGAAGCUAACUUAUAAUUUUGUCGCGCGAGGAUCGCAAGCGGAGUUCAAUUUUGCUCUUUUCAUAAAUCUUUGUUUCCAUAGGUUUGGCAUACGGAGUUGCCUAGCAACGAUGUGGCGACUAAGCUCUAAUUGACGUCAUUCCGUCGACGUCGCGUCUAGGGGCAUUUUUAAAUUCAGCGUGAACAACGAAGAAGGCGACAACAAGAAUCCGUAGAAAUGAAAGGCGGAUAAUAUGGCUAUUCAUCCCCUGUGAAAAGAAACAAUUUUUACUGUUGCGGAAUCGUAAACGAUUCUCCUGAUUAAAAAUGCAGACAAUUACGAGCUGUACAACACCGUCAGAAAGAGACUUGGCGACGGCUUUGCAAGACAUUUUUAAUAUUAAAUGUCGCUUUAUCGGCCAUAUGUUUUUCAAAUGAGAAGAAAUGAGUUAAAGUGCAGCUUUUCCUGUCAAACCCCUGAGUAUUUUCCUCGAAUAUAUUCUGAAUAGAUACAGCUCUACCAGCUUCAAACAGCGUUUAUCAGUAGAAUUUAAUGGGCAAAAACGUUAAAGAUAAUUAAUUUAACCUACACAGUUAACACUUGGCGUCGUGGCGCAAUAGGUAAAGCGACGACCUUACACUGCACGAUAUAGGACGAGACCACAACGGUUACAGUAAAUUAUCCAACUUAACUGAUUACUGAGUUGCAAAAUUUAUUCCUUUAUAGUUGAUAGUCUAUAAAGACUAGGUAAAAACAUUCCACGAUUUCCGUUUAUCUAAUCCAGAGUAACUUUGUUUAUUUACCUACAGAGAUUUGGAAAACAACGACAUCAAGGUGCUCCCGUCAGGGAUAUUUUCAAAUCUCCUUUCCUUGCAAACACUGUAA